AAGGUGGUCUGGCAAGAUCAUGACGUCUAAACUUGAUAAUCCUCCACCCUAUGAGGACGCACUGCACCAUCCUAAGAAUGGAAACUACCCAUACCAGCCACAGAAUGGCACCCCUCUUCCACCACCUCCAUCUUACAGUCCCGGACCUGGCAUGUGCCCUGGGCCGCCUGGCUACUGGGGCCAGGAGGGUGUCUACCCGCAGGCCGGGAUGUGGGCAGCCCCUGGCUUCUCUCCAUCCGGGGUGCCCACCACAAUACCAACUCUGUCUGCUGGAGUGCUCACGUCCGACCAAGGAGACAUGGAUGAUUUUCUGAGAACCCAGUGGGAGAGCACAUCUAUUCGGCAUGCCUUCAUUAGGAAGGUUUACUUAAUUUUAACAGCACAGCUUGCCGUCACCUUUUCAGUUGUUGCUGUCUUUACAUUUGUAGACCCAGUGAGGCUGUUUGUCAUCAGAUACCCUGGCAUCUACUGGGCAUCGUUUGUGGUUUAUAUUAUAGUUUACUGCAUUCUCAUCUGCUGCAAAGAGCCGAGGAGGCGUUUCCCAUGGAAUCUGGUGCUGCUGGGAAUAUUUACUCUUGCCUUGUCUUUCAUGGCCGGAACAAUUUCGAGCUAUUAUGAAACAAAAGCGGUGUUUCUCGCCAUGGGAAUAACAGCAGUAGUUUGUGUAGCUGUCACAAUCUUCUGCUUCCAAACCAAGGUGGACUUCACCUCCUGCGGGGGACUUCUCUCUAUUUCUGCCGUUUUGCUUAUGAUCAUUGGGAUUGUUACAGCUGUCGUCCUCUCCUUCCAAUACGUCCCUUGGCUGCAUAUGCUCUACGCUGCAAUUGGAGCCAUUGUUUACACUCUGUUUUUAGUAUACAAUACCCAGCUUCUUAUUGGAAAUCGAGAGUUGGCCAUCAGCCCAGAGGAGUACAUCUACGGAGCGCUCUCUCUCUACAUCGACAUCGUUCACAUCUUCCUCUUCAUCCUUCAAGUCAGUGGAGCUGCUACUGAAUAAGCCCAUGGUUAGAGCACAGCUUGCUGUCUACCAGGAUGUUGUGUUUUAAACAUAAUGCUACAUGUACACAAGUGUGUCACUUAGGAAGUUGCAUUACCAGUUAUCAAUGGUGAAAUUCCUAUCUAUUAAUGUAAGUAUAUACAAGUUUAUUUUUUUAUAUCAGUAACACUUGAGUAGGCCUACUUAUUGAUCGAUCUACUCUUGCACUGUAUGUAGCACGGCAGUGAAUUACGUCUUUCACUUACCCAGCUGGGAAUGAGGGGAGAAACUGAAGCCUUGCCUUCUGUAUGGUUGUCAUUUAAUAUUUUGUCUUGCUUUUGUGUUUCAACAAGUCGUGUUUUAAUAGAUCACAAGUGCUUCAUAUGCAGCCAUGGGAGAGAACAUCGACACUAUACUGGAAGGGAUAUAAAAUGUGCAUGCUUAAACAACAUAUUAGUCUGUGAAGUAUUACUUGUAUCAGUAGUCAUCAUUAUUGAAUUCAGAAGCAACACACACACACACACACACACACACACACACACACACACACACGUUUUUGUUUUAGACGUUUUUUUAUUAUUUAUUAUUUGUGUUUUGUCCUCUAAUUACAUACAAAACACCUGUAGUUACAAGCAUACUGCUGGAGACCACAAUCAUUAGUCCUUAGUCUGUGCUGGUCGUAAGAGGGACUCAGAUCUGUAUUAAAGUAGUUUUUUAACAUCUCUGUAGAAAAGUACAAGGACAAACACCGACUCCUUGAUUAAAAAUGGAUUAACUGUGUGCAGCUUUAUGACAACUUCCUUAAAUCACUGGCCAACUCCUCUCUCUCUUUUAUGUAACUGCUAUUUGAUGUUGUAAGACAACUUUGUACCCCAA